AUGGACACCAAGCGCAUCCGCGUCGCUCUCCUAGGUGCAGGCGGCUUUGCAACAGACGCACACCUGCCCGCCAUCGCACACAACACCGACACCCUCGACCUCGUCGCCCUCUACUCGCGCUCGCUCAAGUCGGCCCAACAGCUCCAACAAGCCGCAGCUCGCUUCAGCUCGCUCGCCCCAACGUCGAGCCACCUCGACCUGUACUCGGACGACCACCCCAACAAACACAACCUCGCCACCCUCCUCGCCCGACCCGACCUCGACGCCGUCGCCGUCUGCCUCCCCAUCCCGCAUCAGCCCGCCGUCCUCCUCGAGUGCCUCCGAGCCGGCAAGCAUGUCCUGUCGGAAAAGCCCAUCGCCCCGACCGUCCACCGCGCCCUCGAGCUCGUCGCCGAGUACGAGCGCGACCACGCGCCCCGCGGCGUCCACUGGCUCGUCGCCGAGCAGUUCCCGCACGCCGCCGCGUGGGAAAAGGCCCGCCAGCUCGUGCGCGACGCCAAGCUCGGCCGCCUCGUCGGCUUUGACGCCGACGUCUUCAUCCAGCCGUCCCUGAAGGCCGGCGCCACCAACUGGCGCCGCGUCCCCGACUACCAGGGCGGGGUGCUCGACGGCGGCGUCCACUUCUUUGCCGCCCUGCGUCACGUCCUGUCCGGCACGCCGACACCGACCGACCUCGUCGCCGCCUCGGCCCACCUCGGCAGCACCCUCGUCCUGUCGUACGGCACCCCGCAGCCGAGCGACGCCGAGCAGUACACGUUCCGCGACAGCGACGCCGUGCUCAUCGACCCGCUCCCGCCGC